AUGACUUGCAUAGAAUUCACUGUUAACGGGAAAAAAUGUACAGUGAACAACGCCAUACAUCGAGAGACGACCCUAAAUGCCUAUCUCAGGUACCACCUGGGCCUCCCCGGCACGAAGGCGAUGUGCAGGCAGGGCGUGUGCGGAGCGUGCAUCGUCAACGUGACUGCGCAAAGAGAGACCAGCGGCGCUGUGGAGACUUUCUCUGUUAAUUCUUGUCUGGUGCUCGUGCUCUCCUGCCAUGGCUGGGAUAUCACAACCAUAGAGGGUGUGGGGAACCGACUCAAGGGGUACAGUGAGGUUCAGAAACGCAUUGCAGCGUUUAAUGCAACUCAGUGCGGAUACUGUACACCAGGAUGGGUGAUGCAUUUAACCAGUCUGUUAAACAAGGGUCUCAAUAUGUCUGAAUUGGAGAACUCAUUUGGUUGCAAUACAUGUCGAUGUACAGGAUACAGGCCUAUCCUGAAGACAAUCCAGUCAUUCGCAGUUGAUGCCAGUGCUGAUCUCUGCAAAGACAUUGAAGACAUGGAACUUACUUGCUAUAAAGAUAAAACUAAAUGUUCCAAUCGAAGAUCUUCUACAUGUAGCGACGAAGACUGGUGUCCAGUUGAUGCUCCUUAUAGUGGUGAUGCAAUUGUCGUUGAUUAUGGAAAAACAAUAUAUGUUAAAGUGUUUACGGAAGAUCAUAUUUUUAAAACAUUCAGUACUUGUAGUGUAGAAACAUAUAUGUUGAUUGAUGGAAAUACUGGGAAAGCGCUCAUCGAAAAUUUCGAAUAUACACCUGUUUUGAUUGAUAUCAGAGAUGUAGCUUCUCUAAAGCAGUAUUACUUCGAUCAAAAUCUAGUUCUAGGAGCCAAUGUCUCUUUGGAAGAUUGCUUGACAAUAUUUAAGCAAGUUUCAUCAACAAGAGACGAAUUUGCUUAUUUAGAGGAAUUUGCGAAACAUUUCGAUUUGAUAGCAAACAUACCAGUGAGAAAGAUUGGUUCAUUAGCAGGUAACAUCGUGUUGAAGCACAGGGAUCGUUCCUUUCAAUCAGACGUAUUUGUUUUGUUUGAGGCAAUAGGAGCAACAAUUACUAUGCGAGAUGCAGUUGGCCAGAAGACAUCAUAUUCGAUGAUGGAUUUUCUCCAAGUUGAUAUGAAAAACAAAUUGAUCCUGAGUUUUCAGUUGCCGCCGCAAGAUUCACGUCAUAUAUUUCGAAGUUAUAAGAUAAUGCCCCGAAGUCAAAACGCUUUGGCCAUCGUAAAUGUAGCGUUCAACAUUAAGCUUGAUAACGAUAAUCGUAUUGACAAAAUAAGUAUCAUAUACGGUAAUAUUUCUCCAGAGUUCAAUCAUGCUAGCCAAACAGAAGCUUAUUUGAGACGUAAAAGUUUAUGUAAUAAUAAUGUAUUGCAAGGAGCAGUUACUUUAUUAAGUAAAGAAAUAACACCAAAAGAUAGCCCCCCGAAGCCAUCACCGUGGGCUAGAAAGAGAUUGGCUAUCGGUCUAUUUUACAAGUUUGUACUUAGCUUAGCUCCAGAAGGAACUGUCCCUUCGCGGUAUGAAUCAGGUGGUGAAAUAAUUACCCGACCGUUGUCUAGCGGUUUGCAGAGUUUCCAAACCGAUCCCAAACUGUAUCCUCUUAAUAAGCCCAUAAUGAAACUGGAAGCUGUGAUUCAAAGUUCUGGAGAAGCACAAUAUGUUAAUGACAUACCAUCGAUGCUAAAUGAAGUAUUUGGAGCAUUUGUGUUAUCAACAGUUUAUAAUGGAGACGUUGACGAAAUUGAUGCAGUAAAUGCGUUGAAAUUAGAAGGCGUUAUAGCUUUAUUUACUGCAAAGGAUAUACCAGGAAUUAAUUCUUUCACCUUUCCUGGCAUACAACUCGAAACUGAAGAUGAGGAGAUCUUAGCAGAUAAAAAUAUAAAAUUUCAUGGACAACCUGUAGCAAUCGUUGCAGCAGUUAGUCAAGACUUAGCUAUAAACGCAGCAAAAAAAGUCAAAGUAACUUAUAAGAAUGUUAAAACAACACCACCAGUUUUAACUAUAAAUCAAGCUAAAAAAUUCAGCGAUAGAAUAAUAUCUGGCCCUACAAUCGAACCUAAGAGCAAAGGAAGUAAUGUUAAGAAAAUAAUAAAAGGCGUGUUCGAUACAGAGGCUCAAUACCUUUAUUAUAUAGAGCCAUUGACAUGUGUAACUGUUCCAUUAGACACAGGUUUGGAAGUAUAUGAUUCAACUCAAUGGAUGGAUUUAACCCAAAUUGCUGUAGCUAGAUGCUUAAAAAUGUUGGAAAGCGAUGUUUUAGUAAAAGUACGACGCAUUGGAGGGGCUUUCGGUGGAAAAGUCAGUCGUAAUGCGCAAGUAGCAUGCGCUAGUGCUAUUGUUGCUAAAGCACUAGAUUGUCCUUGUAGAUUCAUAUUGCCAUUAGAAACCAAUCUCACUAUUGCCGGAGGGAGACUGCCUUUCAAGUGCGAGUAUGAGGUAGCUGUUGAUAAUAAUGGAAAAGUGCAAUUCUUAGAUGCAUCAAUCACAGAGGAUGCUGGCUGUUCUCAGAAUGAGAAUAUAUUGAGCUACGUUGCCGGUAGCUUUCGUAGCUGUUAUAAUACAGAUAAUUUUAAUCUGAAGACGUAUGCUGUACGAACUGAUUUGAAUUCUAACUCUUACGCUAGGGCUCCCGGUACACUGGAAGGUAUCAUGGCCAUAGAAAACAUCAUGGAACACAUAGCAUUUGCACUACAAAAAGAACCAACCGAUGUUCGUCUAGUUAAUAUGAGAACUGAAGACAACGAUUUACCAUCGCUUAUAGAAACGUUAACUAAAAAAGCAAAUUACGAGAGCAGAUUAAAAGAAAUCAAUGAAUUUAACAAAAACAACAGAUGGAUGAAGAAGUCGAUUAGAGUCAACGUCAUGUUGUUUCCCGUAGAAUAUUACGGGAACUAUACGGCGAUGGUUUCCAUUUACCGUGGUGAUGGUACUGUGUCAAUAACGACUGGUGGAAUUGAAAUGGGUCAGGGGGUAAACACUAAAGCAGUACAGGUUUGCGCUUAUGAACUAGGAAUACCACUCGAUCUAAUAUCAAUUAUUCCUAACUACUCAUUUGUAGCAGCUAAUAACGUCUUCUCGGGAUCCAGUAUCGUAAGCGAAUGCGUUUGCUAUGCAAUUAUAAAGGCAUGUACCACUUUAAAACAACGGUUGAAGUCAGUAAAAGAUCAGCUUGGUAAUCAUACGUGGCUAGAACUAAUACAAAAGGCUGGGGAAUUAGAAAUGGAUUUAACUGCAAACUAUACCAUGGUUGAUACAGAACCAGAUUUGCAAAACUACAGUGCGUUCGCUGUUUCAAUUUUGGAAGUUCAAUUAGAUAUUUUAACAGGAAAGUUUGAAAUCAAUAGAUGCGAUAUAUUAGAAGAUGUUGGACUGAGUGCAAACCCAAAUAUUGAUGUUGGUCAGGUCGAAGGUGCUUAUGUGCAAGGUUUAAGCUAUUUGACUCAUGAAAAGUUUGUCUAUGACAAAAGAACAGGCAAAAUGUUAACAAACGACGCGUUGAGCUAUGAAGUUUAUCUAGCUAAGGACAUUCCAGUGGAUUUUAGAGUUCAUUUACGAUAUAAUUCUAAGAAUCCUAAAGGUGUAUUAGGAUCAAAAGCUGUAGGAGAAAUGGGCGUUUGUUCUUCGAUCGGUAUAAUUUAUGCCCUGAAACAAUGUGUAACAGAGUCACGUAUAGAAUCUGGAUACGAUCCUAAAGAAUGGAUUGAUCUCGAAUUACCUCUUACGCCGGAGUCAAUACUGAAAGCGCUGGACGUCAAAAUAAACGAGUUCCAAUUAUUAUUGUAAUAGAUUUAUUAUUAAUUUUGUUGGCUAAUUAAUUAUAGUCUAAAAACCGUAAAAAAAAGUAACAAAUUAAAUUACUAUAUGUUAUUAUAAAAAAAUAAUAAUAAAUAUAUAAUAAUCAGGAUAAAAAAAAUAAAAAAUUAUUUAAAAAAAAAAAUGUUAUCACAACUUUGGAAAUUGGUGAAUCCUCCGAAAUACAGCGAGUUCUAUAGUCUGACAAGUUCGUUGAUAAUACUCCAAUGAUAUGCGGGCGACAGGAGGAAAGACUGCGCGGGUGUGAAAUCGUGCGUGCGGGGAAGUGACGUGCAUCAGUUAUGGGUUUUUCAUUGGCUUCACGCCCCCCGACCCGCGCGGAACAUCGAGUGUUACGAACGAAGUUGCCAAGCUAAUAGUUCUAGCGGUGGUAAGCCUCGGCUUAGCGUUCGAUUAUGAUGCUGCAUAGAAAGUAUUUAGAGGUACCCAUGUUAGAAUUAAAAAACAUUUAC